AAAAAAAAAUGUAAAUUAACAAAAGUUGAAACACUUCGAAGUUCGGUUCUCGGAACAAGAGCACGAGUCAGAGAAAAACAAGAGAAAGCCCUAGGAUAGAGACAGAUAAAUCAUUCUCCGGCAGCCACAUCUUCUUCCUACAAUAUCCUCCGGCAAGAUCUUCCGGUUCUAUUGACGGAAAUUCUUGCUUCAAUGAAGCUUCAUGGGAAAUUUCCGAAUAUAGGCCAAGAUGACAUGUAUGAAGCAGCAAAAUUCCACUUUCCAAGGACAAUUAACAGGCUAAGAAGAAUAUGGUUCACUUAGAAUUUGAGCCAUGUAUAUCCGUGUUAAGCAUAGUAAGACAACCUACUUUAUUCAAUGUGAUCCAACUGAGACUAUUCUGGACAUUAAGCAGAAGUUGUAUGCCCUCGUUGAUCAACCAGUUAAUGAUCAGCGUUUGAUUCUAAUGCCAGCUGGGGAAGUGCUAGACGAUUCAAAGACUUUGGCAGAUCAGAAGGUUGAAAAUGAUGCUGUUGUGGCACUGACCUUGAGAAAAGAUGACAAUGAAUUUGAGGAUGUAAACAUUGUAAGGCCGAAUGAUUUUUCACCAAUGCAGUGAUGCAGCAGAUAGUGGCGGGAAGUGUGAAGCUAGAACCGUGCCUGAAAAUCUUGAUUGUAACAAAUGUGUUGUACUGUUAUUGUUUGACGUGUCGGCCUUUAAAUUUGAAAUUUCUCUGUUGGAGCUUUGAAACCCAAGUUGUAUUAAAUGCAUGAAUUUGGGAGCUAGUUUUCUUGCUGAUCAGGGAAAUCGACUUGGCAAAAUCACCUAAACUGCUUAUGUUGGAGUUCUCAAAAACUCAUUAAUCUUGAUUUACCAAAUUUCUGUAUUUUCUUGUA